CGCCAUUAGCGAGAGAGUGAUAAUUGCCGAUUUACCAAACAAAAGUCUAUACAGAACACAAAAUCGAAAAGACAAAAGCUUUUAUCCUUUUCUGGUUUGUUCUCUUUGGUUCUGUUCCAAUCUUUCGAGCUGCCAAGUCUUCCUUUCCUUUUCUUUUUGGGAUUGUCUUCUCCGGUACGAGGUUCGUGGAUCCAUCUUCUUUCCCUUUCACCGUUGUCUGAAUCUCACUUCUUCAUGAUGGAACAAACCCAGUUCAUGAGAUAACAUGUUCACCUUCCAGAAGAUGGCUAUGUCUUUAACCGUCUUGAUUCUCGCCUGCUUAUUGUCAUUAGUCUCACCAGACGCUCAAGGGGAUGCGUUAUUUGCGCUGAGGAUGUCCUUACGCGCAUUGCCUAAUCAGCUCAGUGACUGGAACCAGAACCAAGUGAACCCUUGCACUUGGUCUCAAGUCAUUUGCGAUGACAAAAACUUUGUCACUUCUCUUACCUUGUCAGACAUGAACUUCUCUGGAACUUUAUCUUCAAGAAUAGGAAUCCUCGGAACACUCAAGACUCUUACGUUGAAGGGGAAUGGAAUAGCGGGUGGAAUACCGGAAGAGUUUGGGAAUCUGACUAGCUUGACUAGUUUGGAUUUGGAGGAUAAUGAGCUGAGUGGUUUUAUACCGUCCACUCUUGGUAAUCUCAAGAAGCUUCAGUUCUUGACGUUGAGUAGGAAUAAACUUAAUGGGACUAUCCCUGUGUCAUUCACAGGUCUUCCGAACCUGAUUAAUCUUCUGCUUGAUUCCAAUCAUCUCAGUGGCCAGAUUCCUCAAAGUCUAUUUGAGAUCCCAAAAUACAAUUUCACAGGAAACAACUUGAAUUGUGGUGUUGGUCAACCUCACCCUUGUGUAUCUGAGGUUGCUCGUUCAGGUGAUUCAAGCAAGCCAAAAACUGGCAUUAUUGCAGGAGUUGUUGCCGGAGUUACAGUCAUCCUCUUUGGAAUCUUGGUGUUCUUGUUCUGCAGGGAUAGGCAUAAAGGAUACAAACGUGACGUGUUCGUUGAUGUUGCAGGUGAAGUGGACAGGAGAAUCGCAUUUGGACAGCUAAAAAGAUUUGCAUGGAGAGAGCUCCAACUAGCCACAGACAACUUCAGCGAAAAGAAUGUGCUCGGUCAAGGCGGCUUCGGAAAAGUCUACAAAGGAGUGCUUCCAGACAACACCAAAGUCGCUGUCAAAAGACUCACAGACUUCGAAUCUCCCGGCGGAGACGCUGCUUUCCAGAGAGAAGUCGAGAUGAUAAGCGUAGCCGUCCACAAGAAUCUCCUCCGCCUUAUAGGUUUCUGCACCACUCAAACGGAACGACUCUUGGUUUACCCCUUCAUGCAGAACCUCAGCCUCGCGCACCGUCUCAGAGAGAUCAAGGCGGGCGACCCGGUUCUUGACUGGGAGACGAGGAAACGGAUUGCAUUGGGAGCGGCGCGUGGGUUUGAGUAUCUUCACGAGCAUUGCAACCCUAAGAUCAUACAUAGAGACGUGAAGGCUGCUAACGUGUUGCUGGAUGAAGAUUUUGAGGCCGUGGUUGGUGAUUUCGGUUUGGCUAAGUUGGUUGAUGUUAGGAGGACUAAUGUGACUACUCAGGUUAGAGGAACGAUGGGUCACAUUGCACCUGAGUAUUUAUCUACAGGGAAGUCGUCUGAGAGGACCGAUGUUUUCGGGUAUGGGAUCAUGCUUCUUGAGCUUGUUACAGGACAAAGAGCUAUAGAUUUUUCGCGUUUGGAGGAAGAAGAUGAUGUCUUGUUGCUUGACCACGUGAAGAAGCUGGAAAGGGAGAAGAGGUUGGGAGCUAUUGUGGAUAAGAAUUUGGAUGGAGAUUAUGUUAAAGAAGAAGUGGAGAUGAUGAUACAAGUGGCUUUGCUUUGUACGCAAGGCUCACCUGAAGACAGACCGGUGAUGUCUGAAGUUGUGCGGAUGCUGGAAGGAGAAGGGCUUGCGGAGAGAUGGGAAGAAUGGCAGAACGUGGAGGUCACGAGACGUCAUGAGUUCGAGAGGAUGCAGAGGAGGUUUGAUUGGGGUGAGGAUUCUAUGAAUAACCAAGAUGCUAUUGAACUAUCAGGUGGGAGAUGACCAAACAUCAAAGGGAUCUUGAUUUUACUGUAAAGUUUUUGUUUCAAACAUUUCAGUAAUGUCAAGUGUGUACAUGUUUUGUUUUCAUGGGCUAUCUUUGACUUGGAUACUGUGUAAGAGAAUUGGGCACAAUGUUUGAUUGUUACCUCUUUUGAAUAGUUUUAUUUGACUUUU